UGUGUGAGCACCUAGAGAUGUGGAAAUAAUACCUUCAAAUGAGGUGGAUAUUACAAGAAGGGAUCUUAAUUGUUUUAUGAAGCCUAGAAUAACAAUCUGUGCAGAGGGUGUUUGGCUGAAAAUCACAACUGAGAACAGUGUUAAAAAAACAGAGAUCUCCUUCAAGCUGGGCCAGGAGUUUGAAGAGACCACGGCAGAUAACAGGAAAACCAAGAGUAUUGUGACCAUAGAGAAGGAUGGCUCUUUGCUUCAUGUGCAGAACUGGUAUGGGAAAAAAACUUUAAUAAGGAGAAAGCUGGUGUAUGGCACUAUGGUGGAGGAAUUAAUCAUAGGAAAUGCCAUUCACAAAAGGCAAUAUAAGCGAACUUGACAAAGGCACCUGAAAUCUGGAGUCACUGAGCUGUUUGAUCUUACUAUGACUGAAGACAGCCUGUGCCAUGUUGCAAAAGGAUUCUGACGUUUUAAUCUUUUAGCAUAAUACUACUAAGACAGUGAUUUGGAUAUUGAAUGUUUAAUAAAAAUCUUUUACUCCUUCGUGCUUUUUUCUUGGUGGUAAUGGAUAGGUAUGUGCAACAUCAACAUUAAACUUCUAAAGCACCAAUGGAAAA